UCCCGGCCAAAAUCAGUUCUUUCUUUGCAGUGAAUCUAUCAGUGUCUUGAUCCGCAUCCCGGGAUCAGGAUCUGUAACUAUCCGCGAGCGUGCGUGUGUAAUUUUCGAGUAAAGGCUUUCUGAAUAGAAGCAGUUUACCACACAAGGAAACCUCAAGGAAUUUCCCCUCAAACAUAUAGGAAACAGCAGCAAUAACCAUGUUUAGAUUUAUCCUGGUAUCAACGUUACUUGUAGCCGCGAGCGCUCAGUACAAUGGAUAUAACCGUGAUCCUAAGACCGUUGCUAUCGUGAGUGAGCAGCGCUACCUGUCCGGAGAUGGUCAGUUCGGUGCUGCUUACGAUCAAGAAGACGGAACCAAUUUCAAGGAGGAAACGGAUGCCGAUGGCAACCGCCGUGGAUCCUAUAGCUACGUUGAUCCAAAUGGACAAAGAAAGACCGUCUCCUACGUUGCUGGCAAGAAUGGAUUCCAAGCUUCGGGAGAUCAUUUGCCUGUAGCCCCACAAGCGCCACAAGCGCCAGCUCCUGCUGCUCCUCAGCAACCGUACCAACCACAGGCACAGUAUAAGCCACAGGCACAGUACCAACCACAGCCACAGUCGCAGCCACAGUAUCAGGCAAAUUUUGAUCACCAGGGCCGCAGCUUCGAUACCCAAGGCUACGAGGAUGGACAGUACGAUCCACGUUGGAACGACCCAUCUUUCAGCCAGCAGAACUCUCGCCCUGCUCCAGCUCCCGUUGUAACUCCUGCUCCAGCCCCAGUCCAUAACUACCACCAUCAGCCAGCUCAAGCUCCAGUUGCUCACAACUACAACCAUGUUCCAGCUGCCCCACAGCCACAGCCACAGCACCAGGAUUGGACCACCCCAGCUCCUCACCGAUUCCAGCCCCCAGGCAAGCUGCAGCUGAACAGAACUCCUGAUGGUUUUAGCUACACUUUCAACAAGGUCUAAGUCAUCCAUCCUGAGAGCAAGUCAAAGUGAGUGUGAUCGAGUAUGCGAGAGGAUGUGUGAAACUACAGAAUAUCUAAAGAAUCCCUUCUCCUUACUACUUGAGAUGAUCAAAAAAUCCCCACUCCCAUUCAGACCAGCACAUGUUCUGUACACUGUUUGUUUAUGUAGUCGAGUAAGAGUUACUGCCUGUUGUGAUAUAAAUACGUAGGAGAGACGUAAUGGAUAAAUAACAUCUACACUACUUUAGUUAGAUCUUAUUUAAUAAGCCUUCUAUAAAAAAAACAUUCCUCAAUUUUCCCCUAAAGCAAUUCAAUCAAUCGGAACAAUGCAAUUGUAAUGAAUCUGAAAACAAAUGAAAAAAAAAAAAACAAAACAAAA